CCACGGGCUAUUGGUAUACUCUGAUAUUCCAUACAAUAUACAACUUUCCCGUGAUAUUUGCUUUGAAUCAAAAUGUCCAACCAUUCCACCAAUAUAUGUUCCAGAGUUAGUAGCCAACUUGAUUAUUAAAUGUUGGGAUGCUCAACCAGAAAGAAGACCAUCAUCUGAACAAAUAUAUAAUGAAAUAAAUGCGUGGAAUGUCGAUAUUUUAGAUAAAAAGUCAACCGCAUUGGUUGAACAAAUAAACAGGGCUAAUGAAGCACUAUCCAACUCACCGCCAUCUUCGAAUGCAUAUUCUGAAGCGACAACUCAUUUAAGCAAACGAUUUAAAAUUCUAUCAUCUAAAGAAUCGAAACUGAAACCUUAA